AGUACCAAACGUAUGUGGACAUUGUCAUCUACUGUGGACAGAAAGUGGAGAUGAUUCCCUGAAAAAUUAGUGUUACCCCACAGAGCAAACAUGGCUUUUGCCCAGUCGCACAUUAUGACGGCUCGAAGGCAUCAACACAGUAGACUCAUAAUUGAAGUGGAUGAGUACAGCACAAACCCAACACAGGCGUUCACGUUCUACAACAUUAAUCAGGGACGUUUCCAGCCUCCACAUGUGCAAAUGGUGGAUCCUGUACCACAUGAUGCUCCCAAGCCUCCAGGAUACACACGAUUUGUCUGUAUAUCUGAUACUCAUUCUAGAACAGAUCCAAUCCAAAUGCCAUAUGGAGAUGUCUUAAUACAUGCUGGUGAUUUCACUGAACUGGGACUUCCUAGUGAAGUUAAAAAAUUCAAUGAGUGGUUAGGCAGCCUACCAUAUGACUACAAGAUUGUGAUAGCAGGCAAUCAUGAAUUGACCUUUGACCAAGAAUUCAUGGCAGACUUAAUCAAGCAGGACUUUUACUAUUUCCCCUCUGUAUCCAAGCUGAAGCCAGAGAACUAUGAAAACGUACAGUCCCUCUUAACAAAUUGCAUAUACCUGCAAGAUUCAGAAGUGACAGUCAGAGGCUUCAGGAUAUAUGGCUCCCCUUGGCAACCUUGGUUUUAUGGCUGGGGCUUCAAUCUUCCACGAGGCCAAGCACUCUUAGAGAAAUGGAAUCUCAUUCCAGAAGGAAUCGAUAUUCUUAUAACACAUGGACCACCUCUUGGGUCUCCUGGCAUUGUGAGAAGAGACUUUAGAACUGAUCGCUCUCUGGGGGGAGGCAAGAAAGUGCAGAAUGAACUCCAGCAGUCCCACAGGAACAUUGACAUUUAUCAAGAAAUUGCCAAGAGUAUGGCUUCUAAAGGUUACCAGCGGACUGCCUUGGAAUGCCGGACCAAAACUAAGGGACUUCGCCUGACAUACAAGAAGGUGGUGGCCCACAACUCAAAAUUGGGCAACUCAUUAAAGACUUCACCCUACUAUGAGGAGCUUAACCAGAUCCUGCAGGGGAGGGCCAGUGUGAUGGGGAGGACAUUGCCACACAGCUUUGAGGACAAGACUGUACCCAGGACCAAUGAGAGGAGCAUCCCUCCCUCCCAAGAAGCGACCCUGGAUCUGUUUCCCCUCAAAGAAGAGUCAGUAGAUGACAGUCAAGAGCCACCAUCCGGAUCAGUCAGCUCAUUUGAAGUAGAUGGUGAAAUCUCCAUGAAUCAGGUGGAAGAAGGGGGUGAAGAGGAUAUGGACGAAAUGAUGGUGGAGUUCCCACCACAAGAAGGUGCGUAUGGUGAGACCAGCACUCAGGAGGUGACCCUCACUAUGUGGUUCAGUGGUGGGAUCUGCAGUGCACUGGAGCAGUAG